GCAUCCAUGAGCCAAACAAGCGGUGGCGAGGCAGGUUCGCCGCCUCCAGCUGUAGUUGCUGCUGCUUCGCCAUUCAGAGACAGGCAUCGAGUGGUGGGUUGUGUGACAGUGUCUGUCAAUAGUGAAGACAAAUAGUGCCAGAGACACUUAACCCAUCCAAUCUCACCCAGGGUAUAGGUCGGUCUUGUUUUCAGACUUCUUCAUAAGUCUCUUUUCUUUCUUUCUUUUUUUAUUUUUUUUUUAAUUUUUUUUUAAUUUUAAAAUUAUUUUUAAUUUUUUUCGUUUUAUUUCUGAAUAGUGGAUUGAUACUGAUUUGAAACUAAAGUUUUUGGAAAAAGUUUUUGACAUGACAUCAGUAAUACAAGAAGAAGAAAAGUAGAACCCCAAGUUUGGCAUGUGAGGUGUUGAAAGCAGGUUUGCAGCCACUUUGUAAGUUCUGGGUUUUACCUUUAAAACCUUUGACAACACAAGCGUUGAUGGUGGAAAUUUUGCAGUUUCCUUCUGGGUUUGCCCUGAAAUUGUUCUUUUGUAUCAAGGGGUUCAAAUAAACCGAUUAACAUGCAAAGUAUUAUCAAGAAAAUGACAUGUUGGAUAAAUUUAAUACCUUUAUUGAAAGUUAUACUUGACAUAUUAAACUUAUACAUCACCUAAUUCUCACUCUGGGGUGAGUUUUCAUUUUGGACACUCUUUUUCUGCACAGAGUGUAGGGGAUUACCUGGGAUGCAGGGGAGGCCCUGAGAGAAAAAUUAGUUCUUUAAUGGCUUUUUGCUUGUCCUGGCUGUCCACACACAGGUGGCUGAAAAACUUGUGAAACCAAAAAUAUCUCCAGUUUAUUUGCCUUUGCAAUUUUAAACUCUGCAACCUGGGAAAUAACUUGCUUUCGCAAUUAAAAAAAAAAAAAAUAAAAGGUCAUCAGGACACUGUUUGUUUCUUUUUGAGGACUUGAUAAUCCUUGUUGUAUUUAAGGAUAUUUGAAAAGAAUGAACAAGGAUUUCAGGAUUGGCUCCACAGAAGUGUUACCUAAAAAGACUCUCUCAGUGCCAAGUAGCGGGUUUUUCUCUCCUGCCUUUCAGACCUUUUUUUUUUUUUAAGAGGCUGAAUGCCUUGUUUGUCUUCACAAGAGAGUAGGAUAUGGAAAAUCUGUCAUUGCCUUAGUUGCUAAUGCGGGAGGUAAAAAAUUUUUGCUCUGUGGUACCGGAAGGAAAAAACCUGCCCUGCUUUGCUCACAGGGAGCAAACCUCUUUACUAUGUGUUCCCUUAGUUUUAGGCCUGAUAUUCUGCCUCUUUUAGGGAGAAAAAGCUUGUAGGACAGGCAGCAAAAUCGGAAUUACUUAUUUCAGCUCCCUUAUGUGUUACAGCGAUGGCAGCAAAGAGAUUCAGGAGGUUUAGUUUCAACAGUGAUCACAGUUGCUCUAAUGUGGAAUAGUCCUUUCUCUCAUUUUUUAUUGAAAUAAGGAAAAUACCCACUUUGUGAUGCUGGUGAACAUUCCAUUUCUAAUCCUGAGGCUGCACAUUUGCCAUGACAAGCACUUGUCUUCUCUUUAGUGUUGUUGCUCUGAAAGCAAGUUUGAUUUUAAGGCUGUGUUAAAUUAAAUAUAUUCAGUCUUCUAUUGCAAAGCGUGCCUACUCAUCUAAAAACCAUAUAUAGCUUUGCCAUUGCACACACUGUUAAAUUGCAAAUAAAAGAGCCACCUGUGACAAUUCCUAUUAAUAUGUGUCUAAAGAAAGUAAAAUAACAGGAGUGCUCAAAGUGUAUGGGGAAGGUGUGUGUAUGCUCUCACCUUUUAAAGCAGCACCAGCUAAGUUAGAAUUACUGAAUCUUUUUUUUCCCCCAAAAUACAACACAUUCAUCCAAGAAAUCUCCUUUGGGUGUCAGAUACAAAUGUCCCUGGCUUUAGAAUAAAAUGAGAAAACAAAAUGGGAGCCGUAUAAAAUACAGUUAAUUCAUUACAGUAACUUGGUGAAUUCUUAUUUGAUUGACCCAAUUUAUUUAUUAGUUCAAAGGAAGAUGAGUUGACUCAAGGCCUGCAGACUGAGAAAACAUAGAUUUCAUUACAUUUCUUAGUAUUUGCAUAACUUAAAAUGUUACUGAAGCAAUUACUGAUUUAUCCCCCAAAACAGAUUUUAAAUUUGUGUGUUUGACUGUUCCAAUACAGCCAGUUUAUUCCAUUUGCUAUAACAUCAUACUUUCUUAUAUAUGUUUAAUUAUUUUAAUUGAGGAUACACUGACCUGUACAUUCCUUAAAACACUUGCAUAUUUAUGGCUGGUAAUGGCAGUACUUUAUUAUAGAGAGGUUUCCUUGCCAUUACUGUUUAAUUCGGGAUUAUUGCCAUAAUCUAACCUUGUCAUUCCACAGGGGUAUCUCUGGUAAAUGGAGAAUAGCGUAACCAGUAUAUAAUGGACAAUGUUUAUUUAAUUUUAAAAAGUAUAAAAACCCACAUACACAUAUUCAUACACAUAAAAUCUUCUUAGCUUCUAGGGAAAAAAAAAAAAGGAGGAGAAACUGUUUUGGAGAGAGGUAAUGGUAACACUUUCAAUGUUGCACAAUGCUGCACCCUAAAACAGCACUGCCAUCAUGAGCUCUUUUAGCUUUGUGCUCAAAAGCAUUUUAUUUAGUGAUGUAUUUAUUUUUUCCCCUAGGAAAGUGAGGGAAAAGUGCAAUCCUGGCCAGGAGAUGCAUUGAAGCACUUGCUGAGCGGGGUGAGCUCAGUGCUUGCUGUGCCUGUUCCAUGCAGAACAUGUUCUGGUUCUCUUUGAGGGUGUCAAUGAUGAAUGGAAACUAAUUCAGUUUACCAAAACAAACAUCCCCAAUAGCAACGGGCUUUCUCAACUCAAAGUGGCUGCAAAUCAGCUCCUAAAUAUUGUAACUGAAAUGAAUAUCUAGAUUUAAUAGUUCCUGCCAAUCCUAUAAGUGUUUUUGAAAGAAGCAUUGCAUUAAUGCAUGAUAUAGAAAGGAGAAAUUUGCCUUUAAAUUGGAAUGCAAAGUGACUGAAUUGUCCAAUUUCAGCCACUGUAUUUGCCAAAAAAACAAACUGGGAAAUGGAACUGGUAUCAUUCAGCUGCUCCUGGUUCACUGGGAGGUUUGGGAAAGGUGAUAAAAGCAGAAUAGUUUUUCGAUAAACUGUCAUGGCCACUACAUUUUACAGUCUGGAGUGAUGUAGGUUUGCUUUUACAUUCAUUUAGCACUGAAAAGCUGUAAAAACCAGUAAUAGUUUAAAAAUUCUUUAUCAUCAGUCAUUGAUACCCCCAGUAGUUCCAAGUAGGUGGAUUUAUGGGAAGGUUGGCUGAGUUUUACUGUUAACUAAAUAUAUAUAGUGGCUGAAAAUACUUUAUUCUGCUACUAUUAACUUAGUAAAAUGGGAUGAAAUAGUCUGACUGUCCCUAAACCUUUUAGACUAGAGAGUUUAACAUAGUAUUUUGGAUUUUAAAAAAAUCCAUGCAGCAAAAAGGAAAAAUGUCAUAUUCUUCUUAAUAACAGGGAUUACCUGCCUGACAGCAGUAACUAGCUGAACAAACACAUUGUAUAGUUAUGUAUAUAUUUAAUGUACAGUGUGUUCCAAAAUUAGGUUAUUUCAGUGGUUCUGGUUUAUCAGGUGUGGGCAGCAGUGCAGAAAUACAUAAACCAGGAUGAUCUGCCCCCAGGAAGCUGAAAUCUGACUAAAAAAUUCAGUUCAGUUAUUCCUCAGUGAGCUACAGCUGAUUGAAAUAAAUAAAUAAAGCCCUACAUUUGUCCCAUUCUGCUUCCUCUGGAGUGUUUAACCCAUGUGUUCAGUUGAUUUGUCCAUUAAAUUUCUUCCUUGGCAACAGUUAUGGUGUUCUCCAGAAACCUUCAGGGGUUUGUUUUGAUAAUUUUGAUGUUUCUAAACCAGAUUGAGCUGUGAGACCUCUGGAGACUUUCACAUGGUGUUGGAAAUCUCCUGCUUAACAGGAAUUUUUCAGAGGUCUGUCCCAAGCUGUCUCUUUGUAAGGGACUGUUAAAGUCUGAGAGAAAUCAGUCUCAGUGACUGGAAAAGUCAAAUUACAGAAAUUUUCCCUGUCCUUGGAUCAGCGUGUCACCAACGCAGAUAUUUCAGCCCUGUUUUGAACCUUCACAAUCCACAGCUCACUCAUAGUGACUGAUACCAGUUCCAUUUUGCCUACCAACUCAGUUGAUUUUAUAUUUUAUUUCUCAUUUAUGAUGGAAUAAUCAGCAGCUCUUUUUCUCAUUUAUUUUCUCAUAUUUUUAUUCCAGGAUUUGCCUCUGAAGCAGGGAGUGUCUGCAUUAAAAAUGACCUGUAGUUCUCUGCUUCAUAGAUGCUUCUUCAGCUCCUUCCUCUUCCUCCAUGGGCGGUGCUUGCAGCUCCUUUACCACCUCUUCCAGUCCUACCAUUUACUCUACCUCAGUCACCGACAGCAAGGCUAUGCAAGUGGAGAGCUGCUCCUCAGCCGUGGGGGUAAGUACCCGAGGGGUAAGUGACCAGCAGAUAACCAGUAACACAGCCCAGCAGCACCAGUCAACGCCGCGGCGCCACACAGUCCUGUACAUCUCGCCACCACCCGAGGACCUGCUGGACAACAGUCGGAUGUCCUGCCAGGAUGAGGGCUGUGCGCUGGAGUCAGAACAGAGCUGCAGUAUGUGGAUGGAGGAUUCACCCUCCAACUUCAGUAACAUGAGUACCAGUUCCUACAAUGAUAACACUGAGGUGCCACGUAAAUCGCGCAAACGCAACCCAAAGCAGAGGCCAGGGAUCAAACGCCGAGAUUGUGAAGAGUCCAACAUGGAUAUCUUUGAUGCCGACAGUGCCAAAGCGCCUCACUAUGUCCUUUCUCAGCUCAGCACGGACAGCAAAGGCAACUCAAAAGCAGGAAAUGGAGCAUCAGAGAACCAGAAGGGAGCUGGAGGGAAGAAGACCCCAAUGUUGUGUGGUCAGUAUCCAACUAAGAGUGAGGGGAAGGAACUGAAGAUUGUGGUGCAGCCGGAGACCCAGCACAGGGCUCGUUAUCUGACCGAGGGCAGCCGGGGCUCCGUCAAGGACCGGACACAGCAGGGCUUUCCCACGGUGAAGCUGGAGGGUCACAACGAGCCGGUGGUGCUGCAGGUGUUUGUGGGGAACGACUCCGGGCGCGUGAAGCCGCACGGGUUCUACCAGGCCUGCAGAGUCACUGGGAGAAACACCACCCCCUGCAAGGAGGUGGAUAUAGAGGGGACCACGGUCAUCGAGGUCGGGCUGGACCCAAGCAACAACAUGACACUGGCGGUUGAUUGUGUGGGAAUCCUGAAGCUGAGGAAUGCUGAUGUUGAAGCCAGGAUAGGGAUUGCUGGGUCCAAGAAGAAGAGCACACGCGCCCGGCUGGUCUUUCGCGUCAACAUCACACGCAAGGACGGCUCCACCCUGACCCUGCAGACGCCUUCUUCCCCCAUUCUGUGCACUCAACCAGCGGGAGUUCCAGAGAUCCUAAAGAAAAGUCUCCACAGCUGUUCAGUGAAGGGUGAAGAAGAAGUUUUUCUGAUUGGCAAGAACUUCUUAAAGGGAACAAAAGUGAUUUUCCAAGAGAAUGUUUCUGAUGAGAAUUCUUGGAAGGCAGAAGCUGAGAUAGACAUGGAAUUAUUUCAUCAGAAUCACCUUAUUGUGAAGGUGCCACCAUAUCACGACCAGCAAAUAACCUCAGCUGUUUCUGUGGGAAUAUACGUGGUGACCAACGCUGGGAGAUCUCACGAUGUGCAGCCCUUUACCUACACUCCAGAUCCAGCAGCUGGGACUCUGAAUGUUAAUGUGAAGAAGGAAAUCUCCAGCCCAGCCCAACAUUGUUCUUUUGAAGAGGCUAUAAAAGCAGUGAAGGCCACAGGCUGUAACCUGGAGAAGGUGAACAUUCUUCCUAGUGCCUUGAUAACUCCACUCAUGCCAAGCAGUAUGAUUAAGAACGAAGAUGUGGCUCCAAUGGAAGUAAGUGCAGAAAAACACUCUCCCCCCACGUUCCAGGCUUCAAAUGUGGUUGGACCAACUCAACAAACAUUGGAAAACAGCAUGUCUGGCAUAUCAACUUCUGCUUCCCAUUUACCUUCUGAAAGUGAAAACCAGCAGCAAAUCCAGCCCAAGGUGUACAAUCCAGAGCCCCUGACCACGAUCCAGACCCAGGACAUUUCCCAGCCUGGCAGCUUCUCAGCAGUGUCCACUCCGGGGCAGCUGCAGAACAGCGACGCGUUACUGCAGCAGGCUGCCCAGUUCCAAACAAGGGAUUCCCAGACCAGGGAAGUGCUGCAGUCGGAUGGCACAGUAGUGACUCUGUCACAGUUGACUGAUGCAUCACAACAACAACAGUCCACGCUCUCAGAGCCAGCACAGGCCUUGCAGCAGCAGAUUUCAUCGAGUAUCUUCUCAUCGGCCAGUGGCGUGAGUCAGUUACAGAACACGAUACAGCAGCUCCAGGCAGGGAAUUUUGCAACCAACACUGCCACUGGCAGCAAUAGGAACGUUGACUUGGUGCAGCAGGUUUUGGAAGCUCAGCAGCAGUUAUCUUCCGUUCUGUUCUCUGGUUCAGACAGCAGUGAGGAUGUCCAAGAUCAGCUGAACGCAGAUAUCUUUCAGCAGGUCAGUCAGAUACAGAAUAGCGUAAAUCCUGGGAUAUUUUCCUCCUCAGACACAGGUGUCCAUUCCAGAGCGGAGAACCUUUUGCCUGGGCGAGCUGAGAACGUUCACUCUCAGCCCGAGAACUCCCUGUCCAACCCCCAGCAGCAGCAGCAGCAGCAGCAGCAGGCGAUGGAGACGUCGGCGGCGAUGGUGAUCGGGAUCCAGCAGAACAUGUGCCCGGCGGCCACGCCGAUGCAGUCGGAUCUGUUCUCCUCCACAACGUCGGGGAACGGAGCCCUGCAGCAGUCCCCAGUGUACCAGCAGGCUUCUCACAUGAUGAGUGGGUUAUCAACUAAUGAAGACAUGCAAAUGCAGUGUGAAUUAUUCUCCUCGUCCCCCGGUGUCUCGGGGAGCGAGGCGGCCGCCCCUGCUCAGCAGCAGGUCUCCAACAACGGCCCUGCCAUGUUCCAGGCAUCCAAUUCUGCAGAUGGAGAAGAGGCUUCGGGGCAGAAUAAGCAGAUGCAGAGCUCUGUGUUUCAAACCAUGGUUCAGAUGCAGCACAGUGGGGAAAGCCAGUCCCAGGUUAAUCUCUUCUCAUCUACCAAAACCAUGAUGAGUGUCCAGGCGAGUGGGACUCAGCAGCAAGGGGGGGGCCUGUUCCAGCAAGGUGGGGAAAUGAUGUCGAUCCAGUCGGGAAGCUUCAUGCAGCAGUCUCCGCACUCACAGGCUCAGCUUUUCCACUCUCAGAAUCCUAUUGGUGAUACUCAGAAUAUAUCCCAGGAAACACAAGGCUCUCUUUUUCAUAGCUCAAAUUCCAUUGUCCACAACCAGACCAACACUAACUCCUCUGACCAACUGCAGCCCCCGAUGUUCCACUCUCAGAAUGCCAUGGGUGUCUUGCAGAGCUCCUCGGUUCCUCAAGACCAACAGUCUGCCAACAUGUUCCUCUCCCAGAGUUCCAUGAGCAACCCUGCCACUCAGGAAGAACAGAUGUCAUUCUUUACAAGCCCAAAUUCCAUUUCUUCUCUUCAGACAGCAACAAACACUGAACAGCAGACUUCUUUCCAGCAGCAGACCCAGAUAUCUCAUAUCCAGAGUUCUAUGCUUCCCCAGGAGCAGCCCCAGACCCAGCCUGCUCAGCAGGGUUUGUUUCAGUCUCAAGUGUCGUUGGGCUCCAUCCAGUCCAGCUCCAUCCCGCAGAACCAACAAGGAGCCAUCUUCCAGCCUCAGCAUUCGAUCGUUGCUAUCCAGAGCAGUCCUCCAGCACAAGAACAGCAGCAGCAGCAGCAGCAGAACAUGAUGUUCAGCAAUCAAAACGCAAUGGGUACCAUGGCUUCUCAAAAACAGAACAUGAUUUUCAAUCCAAAUCAAAACCCAGUUACCAACCAGGAGCAGCAAGGCCAGUCCAUUUUCCAUCCACAGACGAACAUGGCGUCGAUAAACCAGGAGCAGCAGCCCAUGCAAUUCCAGAGUCAGACUCCAGUGUCUUCUCUCCAAAAUCCUGGCUCCAACCAGGCCGAAGCACAGCAGCCAACCAUCUUCCAUAACUCGCCCCAGAUUCAGCUGGUCCAAGGGUCCCCAAGUUCUCAAGAGCAACAAGUCACCCUGUUCAUCUCCUCAGCUUCCAUGUCUGCCCUGCAGAACAGCAUGAGCCAGCCAGAGCUGCAGCAGUCUCCCAUGUACUCCUCCCAGAACAGCAUGGCAGGACUGCCAGGAACUGCCUCUCCUCCCCAGCAGCAGGCCCCUUUGUUCCACAACACAGCGGGAGGUGCCAUCAACCAGCUGCAGAAUUCCCCCGCGUCGUCCCAGCAGACAUCAGGAAUAUUCCUGUUUGGCAUCCAAAACAACUGUGGCCAGCUGCUCACCUCGGGGCCAGCCCCGCUGCCGGAGGAGCUGAUGGCCAUGGGCCAGCCCGGGCAGCCCCAGGGCGAGGGGCAGGCGGCGGUGCCGGCGCUCCUGUCCCAGCAGAUCUCGGAGCCGGCGCCGCUGCCGCCGGCGAUGGCACCCAACCAGAACAUGGAGAAAAUUGAUGAUCUGCUCGUGUCCUUGCAAAACCAGGGGAACAACAUGGCUGGCUCCUUCUAAUCUGGCAAAAAUUCUGUGAAGAAAAAAAGCGACAAUUUCCCAGAUCCUCUCAGACCUUCCGACUCUGGAUUAGGCUGCGUGGAACUGAUUGCUUCUGUGGAAAAGUGGCCCUCUCUAAAGAGCACACACGUGGCCAGUGGCAGACCUGGGGCCACAGCCAUGGAAUUUGGGCUCUGUAGUGCCAAUAAUGCUGAGGAGUUAUGCUUUGUGUUAUUAGGGCGUGGGAUUGGGCUGUUACCAGGUUCCUAAACCUCAUUACUGUGGGGGCUCUUUGAAUUUAAAGCAUAUCUGGUCAGUUAUUAUUGUUGUUAGAAGGUAAUCCAUGUUACCAUGUUUACUUUUUCCCUCCUCUUCCUUCUUCACCAUCCCCUCUUUUGCCUAGGAAAGCUCAUGAAGCAGGAACAGCAGUUCCCUCUGACAUGAGCUGUGACUCAGCUGUCAGUAAGUGAUGGGAUCUCACAAUUGACAUGGAGUGGGACAGCCAAAUCUACAAUUUAUUAGUUGAAAAUGCUGAUAUAACCAAUCAGAGUUGCUAUAGAUAGCCAGAGGUGGGCAAUUCCCAUCUGAAAAUGGGAUUAGCAAUUUUCCACAUCUCUUAGCUGUACAUAGAGCAAGGCUUUGGUUGCUCUGCAAAAUGAAGAAAUGAAGGGGAACUUCCAGUUGCUCUUAAAAUUUUCUCCUCUAAAACAUCUUCAGCUUGAAAAGGACAUUCUGGCUGAGGAAGGAACUCCUCUGUGUCUCUCACUCUGACUGAUGGGUUGGAGCUCUGUAAAGUCUCAUUAGCUGUUCCCAAACCAGCCUUCUCCCUUUCAUUCUUUCCAUGGUUUUCCUUCUCUCCCUCAGUUCCAUACUGUGUUUUUAAAGAAAAGACAUAAAUAUCCUACUGGCUUUAAAGCUCAGAAGCAGCUUUUAGGAAUCCUUGGCAGUAAAUUGCUUAGUCAGUAAAAGCUUUGAUAAAUAAUCAAGGAGUAAGGAGGGAGGAAGCAAUUUCCCCACCACCUUCGAAACGCAGGAAUCCCCCUUAACCCGCCGUUUUCCAGCUGUGACUGAUGGAAAUCUUCAGCUUGGCUUUACUCCAAGUAGGGGCAAAUUGCAUCAUUUUUAAGCCUUCUUAAAACAUCACUUCGUCCUGAGCUGUUGCAUCUUUGUAGCACAUGGAGCUCAUUGCAGUUCUGAAGUGAUUUUUCCUUUUUCUACCGCCAAGCCCCAAGUCUGGUUUCUAGAUUGUCAUGUUUAAUUCAGAAAUAAAUCAUUGACUGAUGUUACCGAAUGUAAAAACAACCCACUCCAGACCAUGCAGGUGUAUUGUGAGGCAUGUGAAUUUUUUGGGUGCUUCAACUCUCGGGACAGUUUGUGAUCUCUCACUACAGCCUCGCUCAGAUCCGUGUUCUCCUCCCGCUCCCCGGGCGGCCGUAACGCCUCGUAGAGUGUAGUUGGUAUCACGUCAUUUUACAUUUUUGUUAUUUGAAAUAACAAAAGAACAGUCUGUAAAUGUUUUUUUUUUUUUUAAGUUCCUCGAGUCUGUUUACUGUGUGUUUUCCCCUUAACUCGUGUGCGUAGUUGAGCCGUGUAGAGUUUUUGUUGGUUUUCCUGGAUUUUCCCCGUUUGUGGGUCUGUCACGACGUUCACUUUCUCUUUCUGUCUCUCUCUUUCUCUCUCUCAUUGAGAGGCAUUGAAUUACGUUUUCAGUAGUAAGGCUUCUUGCCGAUAUGAAGGGAACUUUUCAGAAAGAGACCUGCUCUGGGUCAUUUAAUUUUGAAUACAGUUUUCAAUCGUUCAAGUUUUGGAUGGUUUAUAUCUAAUGUGUGUUUCAUUUUUUUGGAAAGCUAUAUUUUGUAUUUAGGAAAUGGUAUAACUAUUUUGCUAUUUGUACUGAGUGAGUACAUUGGCAUAAAUAUAAAAAAUAUAUAUAUAUACAUAUAUAUAAAAUAUUCUUUUUGCCACACAUUUUUGUGGUAAAUUUGUGAGUUUGUCUGAUGUUCUACCACAACGUGGCGUCUGAUAACAGUGGGGUGGGGUGGGGUUUGUUAUGUCUUUAUUGAGUAUUUAAGUACUUUUUGCAACAUAAAUAACGUGUUCAUCUCUCGCCAUUCCAUCAGGCAGUGUUGGUCCAGCUGGCCAUGAGAAGCUUCGCUCUGUGUUCGGUGUGUCCCUCACUCACAGUCUGGGAAGGAAACCCAGAGGCAUUUAGGAUUAUAUUACAUAUGAAAUAUUGGGGUUUCCCUCAGAAUGAGCCAUUCAGCUUUUCUCCACUCUCAUUACCUAUUUAAUAUUUUAUUAUUAGCGCCUCUGUGUUUUAACUCUUAAUUUAUAAUUAUGCUCAAACUUCGAAAAUUUUAAUCAUGACAAAACAAAUUUCCUGCUGCAUCAUGUCCAGAGCUGCUUUAACCCCAACCAGACUUUUUCUUUCUGUGGGUUUGUUGUUUUGGUUUUUUUCUUUUCCCCUGCUAAGACAAAAUAUUAACAACAUCUUGUAAUGGUUCAUGACACGAAAGCAGCAGCCUCACAGCAGUGACCAAGUGCUCUGUGGGGCUCAGACUGAGAACUAUGGACUGAAACAACUUCCAGAGGGCCGUGGAAGUCCAUAGCCAGUUAUUGGAAAAGGAACUGAUGGUGUUUGCAGGAUCCAUUUCCCAGGACAAGCUGUUGGGUGUCACCUGGGGCCAUCAUACACAGGAGAAGUGACAGGAAUGAUCAGUUCACUCUGUGCUGCUUCAGUUCGUUCGUUGUUCCGAAGGGGUGUAUCCGUGUGUUGGUCAGUGCCAAGUCACCAGGGACCAAUUCUCCAUGGAACAGGAUGGGUGCCCAGAAGAGAACCUCAUCCCAGGACUGCCACAGCUCCAGGGAAGGGUACGUCUGAACUGCGGGUUUGUUUGAGAUCGCUUGUGAAGAGAAGAGAAAAAGAGUUACAAAACAAACCAACCAAGGGCUGUGCUAUCCCAGUUUUCCCUUCUGGAAACACCUCCUUUCCUUGUGUUAAAUUUACCUGUUCAUUUUAGGUCAAUGUUUAAAUGUACAACACUUUGAACAUGUGAUUUGGUUACAAAAAGUAUUUGUCUGUGACUGAAGAGGUUGCUCAGCGGUUGGCGUGUGCUCGGAGCUGUUCCAGAGGAUGGAAGGGUUGAAUCAGCCAAAAAAGAGCUGAAGGACAGGCUGCAGGAUGUCACAGGAGCCACAUCUGUGUUUUACCAGAGUCCUGAGCAUUUACUUCUGUAAUUAAGCAGUUGAGAUUGGUCAGUGAAGCCUUAUCUGCUUUGUUUGAUCCCGGUGUUUCCCCCUUUGCUCUCUCGGAGCACACGGAGUGCUGGCACUGUGUCUGGUCCCUUUAGCUGAGAAGGAAGACCCCGAGGUUUUAGUCUCUGUAAAUCCAGCAUCCAUGGGGGAUGUCAGAGCACAGUUUGUGGGCACAGGUGAGGGUUUAGGGAGAGGAACCUGCCAGGCACAGUCCCGUGUCCACACAUGUUCUUUUGGCCACUUUUACCUUGUGAGUGUCCACAGAGACACAAAAAUCACACCCCCAACACUUAAUGCGCAGUUUUAGCUGAACAUCUCUGGCAGGGGCUUACUGGUGCUUUUUGCGUAAUUAGCAAGUUGUUAUUAAUUGCCUCUUCACUGCCUGAUCUUUCAGCGAGCCAAAUGCUUUGCUCUUAUUUUAAUACAAAUCUAGUUCAAGAAGCAAUUCCAGGCUGGCAGUUCUGAAGUGGAUAUUGAAUCUCCCAUCAUUUAUUAUAAUUACCUCUAAUCACUGACAGGGUGGUUGCUUCCCAUGUAGUUUUAAGAUAAAAAUAAGGCCCGAGCAGUUAAACAUUGGCAGGUUUUUUACUGGAAGUGCCAAGUCUGGGCAGCUGUAUCAGUGGACAUUCCCCUCAUUUGGGUAAGUUGCAACUUUAUUUUUUUAAAGUUUCUAUUGAGAUUUUGAUUUAGGAUCUAAUUUUUAAAAGGAAAACGUGUCUGAACAGAUUUUUAUUCCUGAUUUCUUGUGCCUCUGCUUGGCAACUGUUUGGUUCCUUUUCCAGGGGCAUGACAGGAGAGGAGUGUAGGGAGCACUAAGUGGGACAAGCAGGACCAAGGAGAGGGAGUUGCUUGGCAUGCUCUGAGCUGUAGGUGGAAGGUGAAAAGAGGAAAUACUGAUCAUUGGUGACUUCUCAUUAGUGCAAAAUCGACUUUCAAGGAGUCAGUGGGUUUUGUGGUCCAGAGGACUGGGAGCAGCUCUGUUCUUUAGAAGCUAAAAGGAAACAGCACUGAGAUGCUGUGUUUGUUCAGGGGAGUUGUUUUAAUUUGGACUUAAUGAACAUUUUGGGACAGAUUGUGAGUCCUUUGUGUUUGUGCUCAGCCCGGUUAUGCCAGUUGUGAUGCCCAUGGUGCCCAGAGCAGGGAGUCCGUGCCCACUGCUCCAGGAUGAGCAAGAGGGUCAGGGUUGGAAAUGGGAUAAAUGUUUUUAGAUAUAAAGAAAAAUACAGCAGGGGGCAAGCUCCUGUAAAAGGGAACUUGCCAAAUUCUCUAGAGGAGUGGGGGCUCGGAGGGGUUACACAGGAGGAGAGGCUUUUCCUCUCUCACAUUCUGUAUAGGAAUGUAAAUAUGCACUGCCUGUAUAUUCUAGGAUUAUAUAUAUGUACAUAGAGGAGUCAUAUCUGUUCUAUAUAAAUAACUAGACACAUGCAUAGAAUACUAUUAUAUUUACAUUUUUAUAAACGUAAAAUAAUAUUCCUUUUCCUUAGUAGGAGGUUUUUGUAGUCAUGAGUAGCUGUCUCAGCACCUCUCAGUCCUGUACAUGUGGCCCUGUUGGUAACGUGGCUCCAGCAUUUGCUUUGCUUGUGAAUGUCACUGAAAUCUGUGGGUUGGAACAGCUGUGACCACUUUUGUAUUUUUAUAUCUUUUUAUUAAUACUUGCAGAUCUGGGUUAGGGUGGAACUGACAAGCAGGUGGAGGCCUAUCUGAGGAUGAGCAGUGGCAGCACAGGCUUCCUGCAUCCCCUGAGCUCCUGUCCGGCUUCCUUUGAGUCCCUGUGGGACCCUUCCCAAUCCCAGUGUCCCAGCAGCCCGUGCAGACAGGGAAUGGUGGUGGCUGUGCUGCGGAGGAGCUGCCCUCACACCAGUCGGGUGUGUUGGUCCUUGUUGUGUAGCAAAGGGGCCCUGUUGCUCAGCUGGUUGUGUUGGGUUAGGGAGGAGAAGCUUCCUCUGCCAUUCCUCUUUAUUCCCAUAGGGGCAGGAGUCUGUAAAGUAUUUUUAUCUGAAUUGUUACUGCAACAGUCAAUUUCAAGAGAACUCCUUGAAAGCCAGGGAAGCUCCCCUUGGGUUUUGGCCAUGAGGAACCUGAUGUCUUGUGCUGAUUCCUUACAGGUUGUGUGAGGAGUUAAAACCUAAGAAUCAUGGAAUAUGCUAAGUUGGAAGAGACCCACAGGAACCAUCCAGUCCAAAUCCUGGCUCUGCACAGGACACCUCAACAAC